AUGUCACAAACAGCACAAACCGAGGAAGAAGAAAUUCAGCGAGAAGAGAUCAAGAACGAAAAGGUCAUUACGCAUUCAAUGGUUAAUACCGUCACCAGCGACUCACUCGACCGUGGAAUUGACAAGAUAAUUGACAUUGAGCGUUACAGCAACAGAGACAAAGAAAUUCGAAAGAUUGCUAGAUCACCAGAAGUCUGGAAAUACUUAACUGACAACCGAAUUACUUGGAAUUUUAUCGUUGAGAAAGAGCCGUGGUGGGGAGGUUACUGGGAGAGACUCGUUCGAAGUAUCAAGUCACCCAUCAAGAAAGUUAUUGGGGGGUCUACUGCGAGUUACGACGAAAUGUGUACCUUGCUAACCGAAGUAGAAGCAGUGAUCAACGCCAGACCGCUUACUUACGUUUAUGACGACAAAGAGUCAGUUUCUUACCCGUUAACUCCGUCCGACUUAAUUUAUGGCCGACGGAUCACUGCACUGAAUCCCAACAGUCAGCAUUACGAGAUCACGAGCAGGUACAAUUCUUUAACCAAGAGAUUAAAGCAUCAUCGACAUUUGCUAAGUCAGUUUACGCGUCGGUGGAGGAACGAAUACCUGACCAGUUUACGCGAGCAAGUUGCGAUGGGAUCAAGUGCAUGCGACGUUAAUGCGAAGUUCAAGGUCGGAGAUGUCGUGAUUCUCAAGAACGAUUCUGUUGCACGAGCGUUUUGGAAAUUGGCCAAAGUAGAACAACUGCUGCCUGGAGGUGACGGGUCUGUGCGAGCGGCAAUACUUACCUUGCCACGUGGAACCAGUUCUACUUCUAAUCAACGUUUACGACGACCGAUUCAGCAACUAAUCCCAACUGAAGUGAAACAACAGUGGAUAAAAACUGAACAAUUUCGAAGACCGUGUUUGUUGUCAAUGUAUAUAGUGCGAACUUUGAACACUGAACCUUGCCAGGACAUUUUAGGUUUUAUUUCAAUGCGUGUAGUUGAUUCACUUUAG